UUUCUUUUUUGAAAGAUGCUAAUUUCCUAAAUUUAAGGGAGGCUGACAGAUUCUCUCGACCUCUCUCUCAUUCCCAUCAUCUUUCAUUCUCACAUUCUAUAAAAAAAAGACUCACACUCUCUCAUUCACACACUUUUCACUCAGCAUUUUUCUCUCAAUUACACUCAAGAACACACACUAAUUCUCUACAAGAUACACAAAAAGCACUCACACAUAUAGAUUGAUUUUUCUUGAAAUUUUAGAAAAUUCUUCAAAAGAAAAAAAGAAAAGAAAAAGGAACAGAAGUCAUUUGGCUUCAGGUUUUCACUAGUUUUUUGGUUCUUUUCCUUUGGUUGAACUUUUGGAUUUGUGCUCCUGAUUUAAAGCUGUUAUCUUGCUGAUAUUCUUGCUGAUUCAGAGACUUAUUUUUUGGUUUUCUAUUGUUUUUCUUGGCAAUCAGAAUGAGCACAAUUGAGAACCUACCUUUUUGAGUCGUAGAUGAAAUUCCACUAGGACUCCACAUGUGGUGGAACGACCUGAGGGAGGCCGGCAAACGUUCUGUGACAAAGGCUUUAGGUGGGCUCACUGGUCUUUUGAGAAUUAAACCAAGGGUUGAUAUAAUUGAAGCUUUGAUACCAUUCUGAGACCCGAUACAUAAUGUUUUCCACUUCUCUGAUUUUGAGCUGACCCCUACACUAGAGGAGAUAGCAGGUUAUGCUGGUCUUGACGGGAAUCUCAAGCAUCGAUAUCCAGUAGCACCAAGAACUGUGACCCCUCAUAAGUUUUUGGACCUUCUAAGUAUUAGCCGACAGGUUAAAGAUGAAAAUUUGGCCAGAAGAUUCUGUACAUUCCAUUUCUUAUAUAGCCGGUAUGGGGACCCCUGCGGAUUUGAGGCUCCGGACACUAGUUUGAGUCAUCAGGGAAAUAAAAAAAAAAGGGAAGCACAUAGAGGUUUGGCCUUUGUAGUGGCAUUUUUAGGCACUCUGAUAUGGCCAAGGAGUGACAGACAUAUAGAACUGGGCCUUGCAGGAAUAGUCGACUUUAUGGUCAAAAAGGCCAAUGGCACUACCAUACCGAUGACUCUCGUAGAAAUUUACCAAGCUUUAACCGCUUGUCGAGCUGGGACAAAGUUUUUGAGGGUUGCAACUUGCUUUUGCAAAUAUGGCUGGUAGAACAUCAUUGUCAUCGCCCGGGUACAUGAACUACGGUCUGACCGGACUCAAUGGCAUUGAAGAAUAUGGAAACAAGGUAAACGGUCAUGAGUUUCCAGAAGGUACUGAGGCAUGGUUCGCGUAUUUGGGUUAUUUGACCGCAAACCGAGUUGAGUGGAUUUUCGGUUGGCUCCCGGUCAUGUCUGCCGGAGUGUGCUACCGGAGUGUGCUUUCUUUUAUUGAUGGGUCUUUGGAGUAUUCAGCCGGAUGCUCCGCAUCGGGUCCUACGACAAUUGGAAAGAUACCAAACAGUCCCUCAUGAUGAAGAUUUGAGUCCAUAGGUUAUUGAACUAUGCCCAAAGCCACAUUCCCAGAAGAAAAGGUUCGCCAGAUUUGGCACCAAUAUAGGUUUUUGGAGCAACAGAAUCAAGUACGUGAUUUGUUCACGGGUGAAGUAGAAUCCAACUACACCGCAUGGUAUGGUAAGAGAGUUUGGGUCGAUCAAGAACCAGAACAGCCGGCCAAAAGGCCCCAUGUCCAACAAUUCACCAACGGAGCGCGAAAACAAUGGGUCUGGUUAGCUAAAGAGAAGGGAUACAAGACUACCAUAAGCAAGCUAGAGGAUCAAAUCAAAAAAGUCAAAUUUGAUUGUAGUUUGCAGGCUACUGAGGAUAAAGGAGAAAAUAAAAGGUUGGCUCGAGAAAAUGAAGCCCUCAGAUCUCAGAUUCAGAAGAUGAAAAUAGCCGUUGAAAACCCGGCAAGAAGCGAAAAAGACGAAAAACGCAUAAGCAAUCUGAGACGAAAAGUGAAUGAUUAUGGGUUUGAUAUGGAAAAGGCCAAGGAUGAAUUGGCAAAAGCCUGGGCAAAGUUAGCAAAGAAUGCAGAAGAACGGACAAGGUUUGCUCAGCAGUUAAAUCAAAGGUAUGAUGAAAGGGUCACAAUCUUAAGGAAAAAAUGACUAAUCUCGAGAAUAAAAUGGUCUAGCAAGCAAAGGAUUUCAAAAGAGAGAGAGAUCAUUGCUAUACAAUGAUCUCCCAAUUAAAGAAGAUAUACAGUAGUUUCAAGACCAAAACCAUACGGCCACGCAGGUGUUGGAAGCCCGGUCUCAGCAAAUUGGACGCCUACUCCAAGAAAAGGGUGUCAUUAGAAUGAAGAUUAAAGAAAUUGCUGAUUAUGUCGCAAUGAAGUGUCAUGAAUGCGAAGAUUUGACUAGGUCCAUGUUCUUUGCUGCUGUGAUGACCUUUGUCCGUCAGGUGAUAGAUGAUUUAGAGUACCUCCAAGAAUAGAUUACACACAGGCCCGCAUCAAGACUGACUGAUGUCCCGCGGGCCCCUAGAGUAGCAUUGGAGGCUCUUAUAUAUCCUGUUUUUCUUUUGGCUUUGAGUCUGUAUUUCACCUUUUCGAGUCUGUUAGUGUUUCCAAGUCUGUUUAUUUUUCUAUUUUGAGUCUGUAUGUCAGGUCUUUGUAAUUGAAAAACCCAAAAAGAUUUUAUUUAAUGAAAUAUUGAAAACCGAAAAUUUUCUUU